ACAAAUCUGUUUAAAGGGCCGCCUGGGUGGCUCAGCUGGUUAAGUGUCCGACUUCAGCUCAAGUCAUGAUCUCAUGGUUCAUGAGUUUGAGCCCCGCAUCAGGCUCUGUGCUGACAGCUCAGAACCUGGAGCCUGCUUCCCAUUCUGUGUCUCCCUCUCUCUCUGCCCCUCCCCUGCUCAUACUUUGUUUCUCUUUCUCUCUCUCUCAAAAAUAAAUAAAACAUGUUAAAAAAAAAAAAAAGGAAUAUUCUUUGUUGAAGGAAUGUUGCCCCUGUGUGCCCCUCUCUGUUUAGUAUUCUCUUGCUUUUAUUUAUUAUUUUACUUACUCACUACUAUGCAUGUACUUGUUAAUAUUUAACUAGCUCACCAGAAGGAAAAAAUAGCCCUGAUAGCAUUUGCCAGUUUGUUCCAAGCGGUUACAACCAGCUCCAGCACAGCAAUCACUACAUGUAUUCCUAACAACAUAUUUAUCUUUUCAUGUUUUUGAACAUUAUAUAAGUGGCAUCAUUUAUGCAAAUGGUAUGUAUUUGUGUGUGUGUGGCUUAUUUGCACAAAGACUGUAUAGUAUUCACUGUUAAUGCUGAACAUUUGGGUAUGCGCAUCAACUUUGCAAGGGAAUGUCACAGUUUUCUGAUGUGGUUAUUCUAAUUUACACUGACAAAAUAGCAGUGUCUGAGAGUUCCUUUUUGUUUUACGUACUCACCAAUUCUUGAUGUCAAGUUUUUAUUUUAUUUCAAUUUUCUUUUAAAUUUCUUCUUUUUUUAACUUUUUUAAUGUUUAUUUAAACAUUAAAACUUGUGAACCGUGAACCUUGAGAUCAUGACCUGAGCCAAAGUCUGAUACUUAACCAACUGAGCCACCCAGGCGCCCCUCAAUUUUUUUUUAAGGUGUGUGUGUGUGUGUGUGUGUGUGUGUGUGUGUAUUUUUAUUUCAUUUCAUUUCAUUUCAUUUCAUUUCAUUUCAUUUCAUUUCAUUUCAUUUCAUUUCAUUUCAUUUCAUUUCAUUUCGACUCUGCCCAACAUGGGGCUUGCACUCACAACCCUGAGAUCAAGAGUCACAUGCUCUACCCACUGAGCCAGCCAGGCACCACUGAGGUCAAGUUUUUAAAUGUUUGCCAGUAUAGAUGUGAAAUAGCAUCUCAUUGUGAACUUUAAUUUGCAUUUUUUGUUUGACCAUCUUGUUAUAAAUGCCUAUUUAUGCCUUUUGCCCAUUUUUCUAUUGGGACUUUUUGUGUGUGUGACUUUUCAGGUUUUCUUUUAUGUUUCUUUGUUUAAAAUAUAAAAUACAGGGGCAUCUGGGUUGCUUAGUUGGUUAAGCUUCUGACUUUGGCUCAGGUUGUGAUCUCACAGUUCAUGAGUUCUAGCCCUGCAUCCAGCUCUCUGCUGUCAGCACAGAGCCCUCUUCAGAUUCUCUGUCUCCCUCUCCCCCUGCCCCUCUGCCCCCCUCUCUCAAAAAUAAAUAAACAUUUUUUUUAAAAUUGAAAAUAAAAGAAAAUAUAAAGUACAAAUCCCUUUCACUUUGGAGCUUGUCUUUUUACCAUUUUUCUUAGUGGGGUAGAACCUAGCAAUCUUUUCCUUUUUGGUUAUGCUUUUUGUGUCUAGUUUAAGAAAUAUUCUCUGUACGGGUCAUAAAGAUCUUCACCUAUACUUUCUUCUAAGAGUUCAUUUCACUCUUAAAUCUUUAAUCCACCUUUUUUUUUUUUUUUUUUUGGUAUAUGGUAUAAGGUAGUAUCAUUUUUUUCCUUUUAGAUAUCCUACUGUCCCAUAACCACUUAUUUAACAGUCCUUUUGUUUUCUGCACCAAUCUGUAUUGAUUGCUGUGUUAUGUAUAAAGUUUUCAUAUAUGCAUGGGUUUGUAGCUGGACGAUUGUUCCAGUGGUCUUUCCCUAGGCCAGUGACACACUAUAUCCCUUCCUUUUUUCCUCCUCUAGAGCAGAAUUCCCCAAUCUUUAAGGGCAGACUGUGAAAUGACUUCCUUCCAAGGAGUACAAUCCAGAAAGGAGCAAACAAAAGUAACUUUACAGUGGAGAGAAACCUGAUAUAUACUACCUUAGCAGAUGAAGGUCAGCAUGACCAGUGAUGUCAUGUUGAUAGUAGGUACCUUUGAUAUGAUGGGAUGAGAAUGGCACUUCACUUCUGUGGUCUUCCUUUCAGAAGCCCCCAGCCUCAGUCUAAUCAUAAGAAAAAUAUCAAAUCAGGGCACCCAGGUGGCUUAGUUAGUUAAGCAUACAACUCUUGGUUUCAGCUCAGGUCAUGAUCUAAUGGUUUGUGGGUUUGAGCCCUGCAUCGGGCUCCACGCUGACAGUGUGGAGCCUGCUUGGGAUUCUCUCUCUCUCCCUUUCUCUCUGCCCCUCCCCCACUUGCACUGUCUCUCUCUUUCCCUCUCUCUCAAAAUAAAUAAACUUAAAAAAAGAAAAAAAAAAGAAAAACAUCAAACAAAUCCCAUUAAGAGACUUUGUACAAAAUACCUGAGCAGUACUGCUUAAACUAUCAAAGUCAUCAAAAUACAAGAAAAGUUUGAGAAACAGUUUUAGCCAGGAGGAGCCUAAGGAAACAUGACAACUAAAUGUAACGUGGUAUCCUGGGUGGGAUCCUGGAACAGAAAAAAGACAUAAGGUUGAAAACUAGGAAAUGUGAAUAAAGUAUGGACUUUCAUUAUAAACAUUGUAACCAAAAGAAACAACAAAACUAAAAGGCAACCUACUAAAUGGGAGAAGAUAUUUUCAAAUGACGUAUUUGAUAAAGGGACAGUAUCUGAAAUAUAUAAAGGAUGAUACAAGUCAACACCCCCCCCCCAAAUAAUCCAAUUAAAAUUGGGCAGAAGACAUGGACAUUUCUCCAAAGAAGACAUUCAGAUGGCCAACAGACACAUGAAGAGAUGGUUCAGUGUCAUUUAUCAUCAGGGAAAUGCAAAUCAAAACUACAAUGAGAUAUCACCUUAUAUCUGUCAGGAUAACUAAAAUAAAAAACACAAGAAAUAAGUAUUGGCCAGGAUGUGUAGGAAAAGGAACCCUUUUGCUCUGUGGUGGGAGUGCAAACUGGUGCAGCCACUGUGGAAAACAGUUUGGAGGUUGCUCAAAAAGUUAAAAAUACAACUCCCUUACAAUCCCAAUAACUGCACUACUGGGUAUCUAUCAAAAAUAUACAAAAACACUAAUUCAAAAGUAUACAUGCACCCCUAUGUUUAUAGCAACUUUAUUUACAAUAGGCAAAUUAUGGAAGCAGCCCAAGUGCCCAUUGUAAAUAAAUGGAUAAAGAAGAGAUGGCAUAUAUAUACAAUGGAAUAUUAUUCAGCCAUAAAAAGAACAAAAUCUUGUCAUUUGCAACAACAUGGAUGGAACUAGAGCAUAUAAUGCUAAGCAAAAUAAGUCAAAGACAAAUACUGUAUGAUUUCACUCGUGUGGAAUUUAAGAAACAAAUGAACAAAGGAAAAAGAGCGACAAACCAAGAAAGAGACUUUUUUUUUUAAUAUUUUUUUAUUAAAAAAAAUUUUUUUAAUGUUUAUUUUUGAGAUAGAGCCGGCAGGAGGCAGAGACAGAAGAGAUCACAGAAUCCAAAACAGGCUCCAAGUUGUCAUGUCAGCACAGAGCCCAAUGCAGUGCUUGAACCCACAAACCAGGAGAUCAUGAUCUGAGCCGAAGUCAGACACUUAACCAACUGAGCCACCCAGGCUCCAUAACAGACUCUUAACUAUAGAGAAGAAACUGAUUGUUAUCCGAGGUGAGGUGGUAGGUAGAUGGGUGAAAUAGGUAAGGGGACUAAGUAGUGUACUUGUGAUGAGCACUGGGGGAUGUAUGGAAUCGAUGAAUCACUGUAUUGUACACCUGAAACUAGUAUAACAUUGUAUGUUAACUAUACCAUAAUUAAAAAUUUAAUAAUAGAUAAAUAAAAUGUCACCAAAUUGAACAUUAAAAAAAAACAAACCCUGAUGUAUUAUUAUUUAUGGUAAACAUACCAUACUCAUGUAAGCUAUUAAUAAUACAGGAAAUUGGAAUUGGGUAUGGGUAUAUGGGAAUUCCAUACUGUCUUCCCAACUUUUUUGAUAAUCUAAAACUAUUCUAAAAUUUAAAAUUUAUUUUUUAAAAAUCAGCAAAUGCAUUUGUUCUGAAAACUUUUAAUUGAAACUAAUUGCUACUUUCUUAAAAACUCUUGAGUUGAGAGUUUCUGAGUUGAAUGACCUUUGUCAGGGUCACAGGAUCAACCGUUUUCCAGUUCUUCGAUUGGCUGUUCUGUGAGGCAGAGGUGAUGUCUGCUUGGGCAGGAAGGAAUACAACUCCCAGAGUGCCCCUGUGCGGUUGUUAGGAGCAACCAAAGAAUGCAGACUAACAGCCCUGCUGGAGUCAGGAUUAAACAAGGACUGACUGCCUUGCAAGCCAGCCAUGGGUCAGGAUUAUUACUCUGUGCUUCAGAUCACUCGCAAUUCAGAGGAUGCCCAGAUCAAGAAGGCGUACCGGAAACUGGCCCUUAAGAACCACCCGCUGAAGUCCAGUGAGCCAUCCUCAGCGGAGACAUUCAGGCAAAUAGCAGAGGCCUAUGAUGUGCUGAGCGACCCUGUGAAGAGAGGCAUCUAUGACAAGUUUGGAGAGGAGGGCCUAAAGGGCGGGAUUCCUCUGGAGUUUGGAUCCCAGACCCCAUGGACCACUGGUUACGUCUUCCACGGCAACCCUGAUAAGGUUUUCCAUGAGUUCUUCGGAGGAGACAACCCCUUUGGUGAGUUUUUUGAUGUAGAAGGAAGUGAGGCAGAUUUGAACUUUGGGGGUCUCCGAGGCCGAGGGGUCAAGAAACAAGACCCCCCAAUCGAACGAGACCUCUACCUAUCUCUGGAGGACUUAUUCUUUGGCUGCACCAAGAAAAUUAAGAUCUCCCGAAGGGUGCUGAACGAGGAUGGGUACUCCUCUACCAUCAAGGACAAGAUUCUCACAAUUGAUGUGAAACCUGGUUGGAGGCAGGGCACACGGAUCACCUUUGAGAAGGAAGGGGACCAGGGCCCCAACAUUAUCCCAGCCGACAUCAUCUUCAUUGUAAAGGAGAAGCUACACCCUCGCUUCCGCAGGGAGAACGACAACCUCCUUUUUGUGAAUCCCAUUCCCUUGGGCAAGGCUCUGACCUGCUGCACCGUGGAGGUGAAGACCUUGGAUGAUCGUCUGCUCAACAUCCCCAUCAAUGACAUUAUCCAUCCCAAGUACUUCAAGAAGGUGCCAGGUGAGGGGAUGCCACUGCCUGAGGACCCCACUAAGAAAGGGGAUCUCUUCAUCUUCUUCGACAUCCAGUUCCCCACCCGCCUCACACCCCAAAAGAAACAGAUGCUGCGCCAGGCAUUGCUGACAUAACUCUGGUGAGCUGAGGGCUGGAGCAGAGGAGGGGAGGAGAAGGCCAGCUGGGCCUUAUCCCAUUCCUGUCCCAGGAUGUGCAGGUGAGCCAGCCCACUGCACAGAUGUGACAUGAGGAUGGGACAGCCUGGGGUUUUUAAAGUGACACAAUAAAGAUUUCCUAUCUUCCAACUGUACCCAGGAGACUGUGUUGGAGGGAGAGGAGCCUCAUAUAUUGCUUCUUGUGGAAAAGGGGGAGGGGCAUGGCCCAGAAAGCCUAGAACCUGGGUUCCUGUCCAGAUUUUGUAAGUGUGGCCAGGUCCCUGAAGGUUCGGAGCCUGUGUGCUCCCCUUGAUAGAGUGGGGCAGACCUGAGUGACCUCUGUGGGUCCCCACCCUGCUCUGAUUUCUCAUGACACAAAGUCUUUAGCAGGGGCAGUCUCUAGAAUGUGAUAUGGUCAUAGUGUAGAUAGGAAGCACAGAGAAGAAAACACUCGUCAAGGCCACACAGGGCAAAGAUGUCAUCAGAACCUUGAAGGCCACUUCCCAGAUUCACCCUGCUUAGAGGUAGCACAAAGGACACAGUGCUGGAAAUGGUUUUGGUUUCUACCUCGCAACCUCACUUCUCAUCUAUGCAGUGGGUCUUGGACUGACUCUAGGUGGGGUGGUAUGGGAGGCAGAACUGGGUUCUGCUUCUGGCCCUGCCACUGACCCCCCUGGAUGUUACUGCUUAUAAGCCUCCUGCAGGCUGCUUAUGAGGAUUGAGUCAUUGUGGUGAACAUGCUUGGUGAAUUCACUGCUUAGAUCUCAGGGUUCCAGGAUUGUUGCUGAUGUGGCCUCCAGACUCAGCUGGGCCUAUGCAGACCACACUUGCUUUCCUGACCUGCAUUCCAUCAGUCAACAACAGUGUGGCAUGCACCUCUCCUGUGCCAGGGCAAAGACUCCUCUCUUUCAAGUCUGGGUUUGGGCUAGGAUAGAUCUAAUCUUAUGAGUACGUGGCCACUUUUGUGGAAUGACUUCAGAGGUAAUAGAAAAGGCCCCCAUAUUGUCCAUAUUGGAUUCCCCCAUUCAAAACAUUCUUUGCUCAAGGUUUUUUCUUUCUUGAACAUGGGGCUUGAAUUCACAACCCUGAGAUCAAGACCUAAGUGGAGAUUGAGAGUCAUACGCUUCACCGACUGAGCCACCCAGGCACCCCUUAACGUUUUUUCUUAAAUGGGGACUGGGUAGCACCUGUCAGCCAUUUUGAAAUCAUCAGGGAAAAUGUGGCAGGAGCCAACUUUGAGACAUGGAGUCUGGACCAGGGUUCUAGGAAGCACCUGUGCAGCCCGUAAGACAUGUAGGCCUUGGAGUCAGAUACACCUCAGGUGUAUGCUCUUUGGCAAAUCACUUUGCCUUUCUGGACCUGUUUCUUACAGCAAAGAUUGCAAGCCUGAUCUUGCAGGCCUUCAGGAAACCAGAUGAGGAGUGAAGCCGACUCUGCCCUGAGGCACGGCCUAGGUGGAAGAGUGGUGGUAGCUGCCCUGUGCUGAGAGCAAGUGGGUGCAAAUCCUAGCACCCAGGUCUCCUCUAAGCCAGUAGGAAAGCCUGCCUCUAGCCUCUUCCUCAUGGCAAUGCUCCGAAGGAAGCGUAGUCUUAGGCCUGAUGAAAGAUCUUUGUGAAAUUCCUAUUACCUUGGUGAUCUUCAGUGCUACCUCAUCUGGCAGGCAAGGCAGGGCCUGUCAUAUGUCCAUUUUAUAAGCUGUGAGGACCAGUUAUUAGUGAGGCUACUGGUAAUGUUGUUCCAUGGUUCCUGCCACCUGCCCCAGCUCCUCACUGUCCCAGGAUCAUGCCCAGAACCAUGAUGGAGUCUGGUGGCCUUGUGUCCAAGUGUCUGGGACACAAGACUGAUAAACGAAUCAGAUGACUGACAUGCCUAAGGCAACAAAUUGGCCCGGUUUCCUCUGGUAUAAAACAGUAGCCUGCUUUAUAGGACUAGUGUGAGAAUUAAGGUGCAUGAAGUGCAUUGACCAUGUCGGUCCUCUGUUUAUGUUGACUCCCUGCAGCCCAGGAGAGCAGGCCCACUGGGCUGCCUACCACCUUCGCCUUGGCUCACCUUGUGGCACCCAACCCCGUUCCUCUUGGGGACUAUGAGACCCCAGCUCAAUUUGUCAGAUGUUACAAAGUACGGUGAGGAAUCCUGGGCCCUCUUUCCUUCUCCAGGACUCUCAUUUCCUGGACCCCUUGCCAAAGCUCUGAAGGGCUGAGCCUCCAGCUCUGACCAAUGGGGAGGAGCAGUAGCAUCAGCUGCUUGAGGCUGUGGGAAGAGGGAGACCACAUUCUCUGAGCCUGGCUCUACAGCUGUUUGACAUUCUGAAGGACUCCAGCUCUGGUCCCUGGUGAAGAGGCACAGUGGGGCAGAAAGGAGUCUGAGUCCUAGUCCCAGACUUCAGUUUCUUUCAAUAGCUAUAAAAUGAGCCUGGGUGGCUUAAUUCUAAGGGCCUGCUUCUGCAUGAGAUGCCUCAGGAUUCUGGGACUUCAGAGUCCCCUACCCCUUGAAACAGAUAUAGAAUCUGCUUUCCUGCCUCUGUGGACAGCUGGUAGGAACAGGGACAGGGAGGCUGACACCCUGUGCAGCCUAAGCCCUGGUUUGGCACUGCCUCCUUGGGAUCUCCAGCCUAGGGAAAGGGUGAGUGUCCAAAUGAAAGUAUCCUCAGACUGAGGCCUCAUAUUUUCCUUGCACCCUGUCCCACCCAGUGCAGUAAGAAUGCCACCUUAAGGGUGUGACUAUGGAGGAUGAGAAGCAGCCAGACUUGUCCUCAUGAGGUCUGGGACUUUGGAGAGGAAGUUUCCCAUUUGUAGAAUGGAAUAAAAGAAGUCCACAGCAUCUAAGAUUCCCAAGUUCCUCUAAAUCUUCCAGUGAACAAGGAGAUGUCGGGCAGACAGUAGUACACUAAUUUUGCAGAUCAGUAGGCCUGGGGCCAGCUGGAGCACCAGGCACUGGGUGAGUGGAAGCUCAAGUGUCCUAGUGAGAGUGAAGCUGUGACUCCCAGCUGCUCCCUCACUUACCACCUAAGCCCCAGGCCUGGUCUGGAAAGACAAAUGAACUAGAUGACCUCCACGGGCCCCAGAAUGGAUGCUGGAAGCGGAAGGUGGGG